GGCAGAGGAGGAUUCAGAGGAGGCCGCGGUGGCAGAACCGGCCCUUCCCAAUUCCAACAAGGUCCACCAGACACCGUCUUAGAAAUGGGUGCUUUCAACAAGGCCUGUGAAGGCGACAUCGUGUGUCGUUCCAUAAACGUCAAGAUUCCAUACUUCAACGCUCCUAUCUACUUGGAAAACAAGACUCAGGUGGGUAAGGUCGACGAGAUCUUGGGCCCCUUAAACGAGGUCUACUUCACCAUCAAGACCUCCGAAGGUGUCAAGGCCGACUCCUUCAAGGACGGAGACAAAUUCUACAUUGCCCCAGACAAGUUGUUACCAUUAGAAAGAUUCUUGCCAAAGGCAGCCCCAGUUGGUCCUAAGCCAAAGAAGAAGAGCACAGGCGGUGGCCGUGGUGGCUUCGGCGGUGCCAGAGGUGGCCGUGGUGGUUUCGGUGGUGCCAGAGGCGGUCGUGGUGGUUUCGGUGGAGGCCGUGGUGGUGCUAGAGGUGGCUUCGGUGGUGCCAGAGGUGGUGCCAGAGGUGGCUUCGGCGGUGCCAGAGGUGGUCGUGGUGGUUUCGGCGGUGACCGUGGUGGAAGAGGUGGUUUUGGUGGAUCCAGAGGUGGAAGAGGUGGCCGUUUCUAACCCAUCAUAUAAUCGAAUCAUUUUCAUGUAAAUUUAUUUGCACUUCGUCUUUGUAUAAUUCUAUGCACGUUUAAAAGAGAUAGACUCAUCGAGUCCUAGCU